GGUGUCACGUGGGAGAUCACGUGAGCUAAAUAUGGCUGUCAACUCGUGAUUGUGUUUAUACCGUCUCAGGAUUUGCCCGCCCCAGGAUCCAGCUUUCUUCAACUUCGCAUAUAGUCAACUUUCAUCUUUAGUCUCUUUUGCAAUAUUGCAGCAAUUGUACACCAUGACAGAAUUUUGGCUUGUGUCAGCUCCAGGAGAGAAUACUCCUCAGAAAACAUGGGAUCGCCUCAACCAAGCUACAGCUGGGCCAGAGAAAUUGUCAGUCAAUUACAAGUUCUCUAUUCCAGAGCUGAGGGUGGGCACUCUGGAUGUCUUGGUUGGGCUGUCAGAUGACCUUGGCAAGCUGGAUACAUACUGUGAAGGUGUUACACGGAAACUUGCCCAGUACCUGGGGGAGGUCUUGGAGGACACCAGAGACAAGCUAGCGGAAAAUUUAAAAGUUGGAGAUGGCACACCAACCUCUUAUCUGCACAAGUUUACAUGGGAUGGAGCAAAGUACCCCAUCAAGCAGUCACUUCGUUUUUUGGCAGAUAUGAUUGGCAAGCAAGUGUCUCAGAUUGAAGCUGACCUGAAGAACAAGUCUAGUGCUUACAAUAACUUAAAGGGAAAUCUGCAAAACCUGGAGAGAAAGGCAACAGGCAGUCUACUGACUCGCAGUUUAGCAGACUUGGUGAAGAAGACUGACUUUGUGUUGGAUUCUGAGUACCUUAUAACACUCCUUGUUAUUGUGCCGAAAAGCGCACAAAGUGAAUGGUUGAACAAGUACGAGAAACUGACAGAUAUGGUGGUGCCUCGCUCAUCAAGACUUCUGUUUGAAGACCAAGAGUCCUGUCUGUUCAAUGUGACUCUUUUCCAGAGAGCAGUGGAUGAGUUUAAGCACCAUUGCCGUGAAAACAAAUUCGUUGUGCGUGACUUUGUCUAUAAUGAAAAGGAAAUUGAGGAAGGAAAAACUGAAGUGACACGUCUGGAGGCCGACAAGAAGAAACAAUAUGGCCCUCUAGUCAAAUGGCUGAGAAUUAACUUUGGGGAAUGCUUCGCAGCUUGGAUCCACGUCAAAGCAUUACGUGUAUUUGUGGAAUCAGUGCUCAGGUAUGGGCUACCAGUUAACUUUCAGGCUAUGAUCAUGCUGCCCAACAAACGUUCGCAGAAGCGUUUGCGUGAAGUUCUGAAUCAGCUAUACAGCCAUCUAGAUACAACCAGCAUGUCAGGUUCUGAUGGUUCCUCUAUGGAAAUUCCUGGUCUCAACUUGGGCAGUGCAGACUACUAUCCAUAUGUCUUCUACCGCAUCAAUCUGGACCUACUGGACUCCCAGCGUCUCUGAAUAAGAUGACUAAGAAGUCCUUAUUGAAGUGCACAGAUCUAACGGGAGAGAAAGGCAAGCUUCCAUAGACUAGACUGACGUGUAAAUUGAGCCAUUUUGUGGCAACAGAAGAACAAGAGGUCUAAACCUAUCAGUUAUUUAAUGUGUGUAAAGAUGCAAGGAUGUAGGGGAAGGGAGGUAAAUGUGUUUCAGAAAGAGAGAAUAAGUAGAGGGUGGUGUUAUCAUUUUCUGCUGCUUUUUUUCUGACAGACUUGGCUUGACUUGCAAGGAAGAUAAGUUGUGUUUAACUGCUUGAAAUUGUUACAUUUGAGUAAUUAAUUUUGCAAGUUCUCCAGUACCUAUAUAAAAUUUUCUUUCAAACCCUAAAAGGGAGUACAGAAAGCACUUUCAUCAUAUGAACAUGAUUGAACAGCCUUGCAAUGUACAAGAAGUCACGAUACUGAAAUUUUUCUUACUUAUUUUUCAAGAUUUCAAAGACAUUUUGUUGCCCUUCAUAAAAAAGUCUGAAGCUUAAAAACAAGAACCAAAAGACCACAUUACAGCAGGUAACUGGCCAGCUAGGUGAUUGUAAACCACUGAGAGGAAGUGCAAGACAAUAAAUGUAAAACAUUUUAUAACCUACUGUGUCUUAGAAGAUAAGAUUUUUACCACAUAUGUGGGUGACUUUGCAUUAUCUGCUGGUUAAUAUCAAACGUCUCUCAACUUUCUGCCCAAAAAGAGAAGAUUUAGAGUGUAAAGUUAUUUUUUCCGUAUGCUGACAUAUAGGCAAUAUAUUUUUUUUUAAUUGACAAAACUCAGUCAUGUGGAUUUGGGGGAAAAGAUUUGGAAGUGUAAGUAUGAAGAGGGUCCUGUAGUUGAGUGCAUGAAAUCCCUUAACCACUGGCAAGUUUGUGUACAUUUUAGUGUAUGCUUGUUCUAUGGUCUAUUCAGAACAUACUCCAGAAGGAACUGUUUAAAGUUUCAGAUCUAUUUACUCGAAAGUGUCUGUGCAAAUAGUGCAGGUUUUAUUAUUCAAUGAUUUAUUGCAGGAAUUCUGUUUUCAUUUUUCAACUGGCUUCUGUUAUUUAGCUGCAGGUGGAAUAUAUGUCUUAUGAUCUUGUAAUACAUCUGUUUCUUUCAUAACCUCCCCACACAAACCUCAGCAAAAUAACUGGUUAGUGACUGAUAUUCUUAUUGAUAGUAUCUUUAUUAACACAUUGGCAAGAUCACAAUGUACAUCAUUUAGAUAUUGUUGUACACAUUGUACAUGUAGAUUCUGCUGUACACACAACAUUCAGUACAUUAUUCCCCUCUGGACAAGACUUUCAAAUGAAAAGAAGUCCGCAAUCUCCCAAAGCCUUUCCAAAUAUUUUUAGACAUGAUGUUAUUCCAAAAAGCAUAUCAUAUCUUGUAUGCUAACUUGUUUUAUCAGUUUGAAUCUGGUUCUAAAUCUCUUUAUGUGACAUAUGGUUUACAACACAAAGAUUUGUUUAAUUCUUCAAUGCUUUUAAAAUUUUGUAACCUAUAAAGAGUUGGUGAAAGGCUCAGAAAUAACUCACUUAUGUCUACUGCUUCAAAACUGCUUACUUGGGACAUUUCUAAGACUUCUAAUGUUUCGUUCACACUGAGCAAGCUGCAAUAACUGUAUUGCCUAGAAAGUAUAUGUGAGUAGUUAGGACACUUGAGAUGUUCCGUUCCUGGGAUGUUGUGGCAAGAAAAUUGUAGGACUGAUGCUUCAUGAUCGUAGUCACAUUCAUGAUAUUGCAUUUUGACGGGCAUACCACAAGUAAAAUGUGAUUAAUACAAACUGAAAUGUUACAAAUCUGAUUUUUUUCCUGUUGAGUGAAAAUGUAAAUCUCCUUCAGUCAAAAAAAGAGAUUGCUUAGUCUUAUUGUAUGCGGUUUUAGUUUUGUAUUUAGAAUGUUCUAGUAUCUUCAAAAGUUGCAUUCACUCAUUUUUCUAUUAACCACACAUUCCUGGAAGUAUGAAGCAUGUCUGCCUACAUCAGAAAUUUACUACUGAAAAAAGGUUGGCAUAAUGUGCUAGAUUUUAUUUUUAAAACUGGGGUACAUGUAACUGUGAUUCUGCUGUACAUUUAUUUACUUCUAUAUUAGCUGCAGACCAAUGUACAGUGUAUUUAUGUUUAAGGUGAGCAAGAUUGAAAUAAAUGUUGGUAAGCAAA